AUGGCAAUCAAGCAAUCCAACACAGCUACAGCGGGAUUUCUUUUAUCAAAAGGAGCCAACCCCAACAUCGCUGAUGAAAAUGGAUUCACUCCACUUCACGUGGCGGCCAAAUAUGCCAAAGACAUGGACAUUGUUAAAUUACUCCUUAAUCACAAAGACGUGGAUGUCAACUGUUUAGACAAUAGCGGACAUAGUGCGCUGGAUUGCGCAAUGAGAAACGAGCACGGGCUCGGCGUAGCAAUUGCAGUCAAAAUGGGAAAUAAAGUCGGUCGGGUCUCUCCAACUGCCCUAGAUCGUGCAAUCAAGGAUUCGGACGUAGAAAGCGUAAGUGUCCUAUUGAAAAAUGGAGCAGAUAUCAGCGAACUGACGUGGGUGAGUCAAAAAUCUAAUGCACUCCAUUUGGCAUCAUUUUGUGCAAAGGCGACCGAUCUGAUCGAUAUCGUUCUGGAAACUGGAGAAUUCGACAUCAACGGAGUUGACAGCGACGGAAGGACACCGCUCCAUUACGCAAUACUGGGAUCUAAUGCAAUUAGUGCUCGCCGUCUGCUAGAAAAGGGAGCCGAUCCCACCAUACGAGCCAACGAUGGCCUCACUCCAUUUCACAUAGCGGCGGCAUUUAGUCGAGAAUCCAAUAUUCUCGACUUAUUUCUGGCGAAUAACAAAGAAUUCGAUAUUGAACACCGAAACAAAUCUGGAAUGACUGCCCUUCACACAGCAAUCAAGCAAUCCAACACAGCUACAGCAAAAUUUCUUUUAUCAAAAGGAGCCAACCCAAACGCUGCUGAUCAAAGUGGAUAUACGCCACUUCACGUGGCGGCCUGUUAUGCAAAAGACAUGGACAUUGUUAACUUACUCCUUAAUCACAAAGACACGAAUGUCAACUAUUUAGACAACCAAGGAAACAAUGCGCUACACUACGCAAUGGACAACGAGCACGGCCUUGCCAAAGAAAUUGCAAGUCUGUUGAGGGGGAAAAUGGCCGCGAAGUCGGAAGGAAGUAGGCCUAACGAACCGAAGAAAAUUGCGACAUUGGUACCAGAUCGCAUCGAAGAAGAUUCGUACAUAGAAACAAUUCGCUUCUUGAUAGAAAACGGACAAGAUAUUAGCGCGUUGACAUGGGGAGAAUACGAAGGGAAUGCGCUUCAUGUGGCAUCACUUAAAGCAAAGACGACGGAGCUCAUCGACGUCGUUCGGGAAACUGGAAAAUUCGACAUCAACGGGGUUGACAGCGACGGAAACACACCUCUCCAUUACGCAAUACUGGGAUCUAAUGCAACAAGUGCUCGCUACCUGCUGGAAAAGAGAGCCGAUCCCACCAUAAGUGACAAUAAUGGCAUCACUCCAUUUCAUCUGGCAGCGGCAUUUAGUCGAGAAACCGACAUUCUCGUAUUAUUUCUGGCGAAUAACAAACAAUUUGAUAUUGACCACCGAAAUCAAUCUGGGAUGACUGCGCUCCACAUGGCAAUCAAGCAUUCCAACAAAGUUACAGCAGAAUUUCUUUUAACAAAUGGAGCCAACCCAAACGCUGCUGAUCGAAAUGGACUCACCCCACUUCACGCAGCGGCCAAAUAUGCCAAAGACAUGAAUAUCGUCGAGUUACUUGUAAAUCACAAAGACGUGAAUGUCAAUUAUUUGGACAAUAGCGGACUUAGUGCGCUGGAUUGCACACCAACCAACUUGUAUGGGAUCUGUAAACAAAUAGCCAAGCGGUUGAGAGAAAAAGGCGAAAAGGCAACAGAUGGUAUCAACCAACCGGAGAGCAUUCCGGCGAGGUUAAACGCAAUCACAAAUUCAAACGUGAAAACGAAGCAUAUCCUGAAAGAGAACAGAUUAGAUAAUGCGGCAUGGGGAGAAAACGGGACGAACGCACUUCACGUGGCGGCAGCUGAUGCAAAGACGACGGACGUCAUCGACGCCAUUCUGGAAACGGGAACAUUCGACAUAAACGGAGUUGACAGCGAUGGAGACACUCCG